AUGUCUCCGAUCAGGGCGAUUAAGGGUGUCUGGUCUAGAUACCAGGCUGUCGACUUCACUAACCUCCCAUUCACAUACCCCCAGACAUUGUGCCCGCAGAACAAAGAGCAUAAUGCAUUGACUGACAAGAUCAAUCAGAUCAAUCGAGCAUUACCAUUAGGCAAGGCUUCACGCAGCGAUACAAUCCUGAUCUCAAGAAUUACGAUGAGCGACGAAGUCAGAUCGGAGAGUCUUCAUGAACCGCCUGCACACAAUCCCAUUCUGAUUAUCGAAACCUACAAUACACUAUUGUCCAUGGACGAAGAGAGAUUGAACGCCGGGACAGAGGGAACGCUGACAGAGCAGGACAAAGGCCCUCGGAGUCCGGCCCAGAGAAUUGAAUCAAAAGUCAGAGUUCUUGGCAACGAGACCCAGCUUCCAAAGACAUUCGGAAGGACAAAGAGAGAUGCAGCAGGUAGCUCGAUAUUGACUAUUAUCCCUACAGAUCAGGGCACUGGCAACUUGGCAACAAUACCUCAAAAUUCCACGCAUGAAGAAAAGCUGCUUCACUGCGGUGUUGGUCUCGGCCAUUUUGGUUCGUUCUGCAGUGCGUGGACUGAGAUUCCUCAGGACGGACGUUCGCUUGUGUGGUCUGCAGUUGGAUCGUCAGCUGAUGUCUAUCUAGCAAGUGCUUGUCGACAUGGUGGAUUGGGCAUAUUUGCAUGUGCGCUUGGUGAGCGCGCCAAUCACGGCUCACAUGGUGCUCAGGACUCACGCGAUGAAGUUGGUGAGACUCUCUCAUGCUCUAAACCACGGAUAAUCUACGCCGGUUCCUCACUCUAUCUCCUCGGAUCUCCGUACCGUAUCGUGCACUUGACUACAGAUACCUUUGUUCCAAAUGAACGCCUUCCGCUCGAAAUCGCGACGCCCUAUGUGAAAGACGCAGGAGCAAGAGGGCGCACAAUGGUCGACACGGCGGCGCGGGAGUCUGAGGCCUACGACGGCUUGGCCCCAACACUUUUAAACCGGCUAAACAGGGAAUUUGCUGACAACUUGGACUGUAUCGACGACAGCUUGUAG